UUUUUUGCACCUAUCCCAGUUGUUACAUCCACCCUAUACUAUGAAAACUAUCAGCCUUGCGACGCUCAUCCUCGGUGCAUCGGCAGUGCACCACCAGGCUACAUCGCUGAAAAAGACAUCGGAUAGCGCCAGGAUCGAGCCCCUGAGUACCGAUCAGUCGGUUUUCAGUCCGUUGGACGUGGACGACAGUCGUGAGUUUCCUUUCCUAUCCUUAUCUGAUCCACGUUUUCUCCAAACGAGGGUUCGAAGACUGUUUAUAAUUGAUCUGACAUGUUCAGGCUGCUAUGUGUGCUCCUCGCCUUGUUCGGGUGCUGUGUGCUGCCAUGGGGCUUUUCCGCAAUGUUGCACUGAUGGCGCGUAUUGCUAUUGCUGUGGGGAUUAGUUUGGGACUGGGUUGGGGGAUUAUCUAUUUUUGAUGGUUAUUUGUUUGUUCCACUGCUGAGAUGUUGCAGUUCUGUUACUUUUUUUAUUUACUCUCUGCUAGUUUCAAGUUGGUUAUAUAGAAUGAUUUACAAACCAUAUGGUAUACACACUGACCGUCACUUGUAUCCCCACACUAUACCCAGGAGCUCUGUGAAUGAUUGGAUAGUGC